GAUCCCUGCAUAGUCAUUGCUAAAAUGAGGCUGAUAUUGCCAUAGUAACCACUGACCUAUGAGGCUGAAGCAGUGAGUACUAAUCCUCUGAAAGUGGCACAAGCAUAUUUGCUCAUAAGAGGGUUUUUCACUCCUGUUCUGGAAUUUCUUAUUUUUUCCCUGUUUCUCUUCCUCCUUAACCUGAAAGAAGGAAAACAUUACUGAGGACUCCAGAGGAAGAAAAGGAAGAGUGGGAGUCAGUCUAAAACUUUUGUCUAUGUGUGUGUGUGUGUGAAGCUCAUUAGUGCUGGAGGGGCCUCUCUCUGUCGUCCUCCUGCUGUUCCUGAGGCCAUUAGAAAACCCCUUAAUUACAAUUCAUUCAAUUCCUCUCUCUCUCUCUCUCUCUCUCUCUCUUUCUUUCUUUCUCUGCUCUUCACGUGCUAUAUCUUCUCCCUGUUUCUCACUCUUUCUAAGUCCCCUUCAGUCCACUCUCUGUCUGUGACUCUUACAGCCUGCACACUUUCUCUCUAAUUUCUGUGCAGAUCAGUGUUUGCAUCAGUGUGUGUGUGAGAGUGUGUGAGUGCCUGCAUGUGUGUAUGCUGCAAUGCGUGGGCUGUGCAGGCCGUGGACUCUGGGGCUGCUGGGGCUUCUCAGUGCUCUGGGUAGCUGGUUGCCCUCAGUUACAGGAGGUCAGGAGGCCUUGAGACGGGCAGAUGUUGGUCUACUGGUCAGCGAGAUCUUCCAUGUGCUCCAGUGUCCAGAACGCAUCGGUGGAACCAAGGAACUCUGUGAUAAGUGUCUCCCUGUAAGCUGGUUGCUGUCACUAGUGGAGGACGAUGGGAAAGACUUCAUUAGUGAGGAUAACUACCUCAAGAUUUCCACAGUGCUUCUCUAUUACAUCAUCCACAUGAGACAGCUCUGCUCCUCCAACAUCUCAUCUUCCUCGCUCUCCUCCUCCUCCUCUCCUGAUUACUCACACUGUGUGCGAGGUCUGACCGCUCUCCACUCACAGGAGGAUGAAGAUUUCAUCUCAGCCAAUGAGACAGAGAGCAUCCUACAAGUCAUCAAUCAAAACUAUCAGCCACAGGAAAGACCCAUCCUCAAACACAAACAGUGUAUCGAUGCAGCACACCUGAUGAAGGAGGCUGGAGUGACGGACAGCAGAGGGCUGGAUUCCUCCUCCGUUCCUCGACUGGCUGCAGCUAUUAUAAGUCAUUUACGGCAGGGCCACUGCAUAAGCCGGAGGAACCUCCCCUCACCAGCUUUCUUCACUGACUACAUCUUCCAGUCCCUCAACCGCACCAGCGACCUGCACAUCAUGGAUUUGGAACAGCUAUUACACAAGCUUGGUGUAGGAGGAGGUGUAGCUCAGAGCUCAGAUGACAGGAAGAGGCGGAGCACAACAGACCCAACCCAAAAUCAACCAGACGUUUGCAGCCAGGACCUAGUAAAAGAACUCAGGGACUGGACACAGAUGUGUUUCUCUGCCAGUGAGCUGCUGGACAUCUUUGUCCUGGAUCCCCAUUCACCCAUCUCCAGAGAUCAUUUCAAGCACAUGUGUCCUGCGAUCAUUCAGCAGCUAUUGGGUGAUGCCUGUUACCCCACACAGUCCACAGACAGAGCACCACCUCCUACCAUUAUAGAGAAAUAUGGCUACAGUACAGUAGCAGUGGUGCUGAUCACCGUGGGCUCGAUGCUGGGAAUCUGUCUGAUCUUCUUUAACUCCUGUAAGGAGACGUAUGCUCUCAUCCUUCAGCUGUUUUUUGGGCUGGCUGUGGGCACACUGUCAGGAGACGCACUCCUCCAUCUGAUACCACAGAUUCUGGGUGUUCAUGAUGGUAGUCACCACGAAGACCAUGACCUCAGAGAAGAAAAGGACUACUUGUGGAAGAUUUUGGGAAUCAUUGCUGGGAUCUACUGCUUCUUCCUAUUAGAAAGAAUCUUCUCCUUUGUUAUACCAUCUCAUAGGCAUAGCCACUCUCAUGGUUUUUCUGUGGAGCUGAGCUGUAAUGGGGAAGGACAGCGAGGGAAGUCAGUAUCUACCAUGCAGCUGAGAACUUUGGAGGACAUGGAAUGUACAGAAAUGCCACAAGUGGAGACUAGUGUGAAUCCUGCUCAGCAACAAAAACAGAGUAUUCCACUGCUGGCCAUUAUGGUGAUAGUGGGCGACAGCCUCCAUAAUUUUGCAGAUGGCUUGGUUUUGGGGGCUGCUUUCUCUAACUCAGCUGAGACUGGCAUAGCCACUACGGUUGCCAUUCUGUGCCAUGAGAUUCCACAUGAAAUGGGUGACUUUGCAGUGUUACUCAGCUGUGGUCUGUCUGUGCGCCGUGCCAUGCUGAUGAAUUUCCUCAGUGCCCUCACCGCCUUCAUGGGGCUCUACAUUGGCCUCUUCGUCUCGUCUGACCCUGAGGUUCAGCUGUGGAUCUUCACCGUCACCGCCGGCAUAUUCCUCUACCUGUCACUAGUGGAAAUGAUGCCUGAGAUGAGUAAAGUUCACUCUCCGCAUCCGUAUCUCAUGUUUUUCCUGCAGAACAUUGGUCUGCUCUUAGGCUGGGCCUGCCUACUGCUACUAGCACUGUUUGAACACAAACUCACUUUUUAACACAGACACAUGCAAACACAAACAGAAAUCUUAAAGAAAUAGAUUGACAAAAACAUUAGGGAUGCACUGAAUAUAUUUGGCCAGAAAUGACACAAAUUCAGUAUUUGGCAGAAUCAGUGAAAAGACAGAAU